AUGGCAUGCCCACGGACCUGCUCUCGGAUCUUGGGGCUGAGCCUUGGGACUACAGCCCUGUUUGCUGCUGGCGUCAAUAUGGUGCUCCUCUUUCCUAACUGGGAUUAUACCUACCUGUUGAGGGGCCUUGUUGGCAAGCAUGCCAUAUUAGGCUCUGGGCUCUGGGGAGGCGGCUUCAUGGUCCUCACUGCGGCUACUCUCAUCUCCUUGAUGGGCUGGAGAUAUGGCUGCUUCAGUAAGAGUGGGCCCUGCUGUAGUAUGAUGACUUCUCUGUUGUCAACUGGUCUGGCUUUGCUUGGAGCCUUGAUUUGUUUUAUCACUUCUGGAGGAGCCCUGAAAGAUGGCCCUUUCUGCAUGUUCGAUAUCUCUUCCUUCAACCAGACCAAAGCUUGGAAAUAUGGUUACCCAUUCAAAGACCUGAAAAACAGGAAUUAUUUGCAUGAUAAUUCACUCUGGAACUCCACCUGCCUGGAGCCCUCUAAAGCUGUUGUUUGGCAUGUGUGCUUCUUCUCCAUCCUUCUCUGCAUCAGCCUCCUUCAGAUGUUCCUCGUGGUCAUUCAUUUGAUCAACAGCGUACUGAGCUUUUUCUGCAGCCUCUGUGAAGAAUGA